CCCUCCCUCGGGUGCCAAGAUGGCGGAGGAGGCGCUGGAGCGCUUAGCCCGCGUGUCCCGGCUGGAGGAGCCGCUGGAGGAGCUGCGGGCCCUGGGGGUGGCCGUGCAGGCCCUGCCGCUGAGCGCGCUGAGGGAGCGGGCGCCCGACAUCCGCCUGGGAAGCCUCUUCGCUCUGCUCAACGUGAACGACAGAGAACAGGUUGCUUUAUGUGUUUCUAUCUUGGAGCGGUUUCUUCAGGCAGUGGAUCCAUUGUAUGUAAUCCAAAACUUCAGAGAAGAACUUCAAAAAGGACUUUUUCAUCCUGAUGAUUCAGUUAAACUUCUUACUAUAGCUCAGGUUGGAAGAAUAGUUGAAAAUUCAGAUGCUGUUAGAGAAAUUCUCAAUAAUCCUGAAUUACUAAGGCAAAUCAUUUAUUGCAUUGGUGGAGAGAAAAUAGCUGUAGCUAAAGAGGCUAUCAAAUCACUGUCGAGAAUAGCACAGACUCAAGAUGGGCUGGAGGCUUUAUUUGCAAGCAAUUUUUUAGUUGACUUGAAAAAUGUCAUGGCAACAAGUGAUGUUGUACGAUACAGAGUAUAUGAGUUAAUUGUUGAGAUUUCUUCAGUGUCUGCGGUUUCUUUGAAUUACUGUGCAAACAGUGGAUUAAUAUCUGAGCUAAUUGAAGAACUGACUGGAGAUGAUGUGCUGGUCAGAGCUACCAGUAUAGAGAUGGUGACCUCAUUGGCAUACACUAAGCAUGGACGUCAAUAUCUUGCCCAGCAAGGAAUCAUUGAUAAAAUUUCCAAUAUAAUCAUUGGGGCAGAUUCUGAUCCUUUCUCAGGCUUCUAUUUGCCAGGAUUUGUGAAAUUUUUUGGAAAUCUGGCUAUUGUAGACAGCCCACAGCAGAUCUGUGAACGAUAUCCCAUCUUUAUGGAAAAAGUAUUUGGAAUGGCUGAAGGCCAUGACCCAACCAUGAUUGGAGUGGCUGUGGACACGCUUGCAAUCCUGGGAUCAAAUGUGGAAGGAAAACAGGUUUUACAGAAAUCUGGGAGUAGAUUUCAACAUCUGUUAAACAGACUCGGGCACCAGGCAAAGAAUCCCCCAGCAGAGCUAAGACUUCGAUGUUUGGAUGCCAUAUCAUCGCUUCUUUACUUGCCACCAGACCAGCAAACAGAAGACCUGCUAGGAAUGACUGAAUCCUGGUUUGCUGCCUUGUCUAGCCAGCCAUUGGAACUCUUCAGGAGUAUUGGUACUCAGCCAUUCCCUGAUCUCCACUGUGGGGCUUUAAGAGUGUUUACCGCUAUUGCAAACCAACCAUGGGCACAAAAACUGAUGCUUGACAGUCCAGGAUUUGUGGAAUAUAUUGUAGACAGAUCUGUGGAACCUGACAAAGCUUCAAAGGAUGCCAAAUAUGAACUGGUUAAGGCCCUUGUAAAUUCCAAAACAAUAGCUGAAAUAUUUGGAAACCAAUACUACUUAAGGCUGAGGGCUUAUCUGCAUGAAGGUCCUUAUUAUGUUAAGGCUGUUUCUACUACUGCUGUGGAAGGGGCAGAAUAAUAUCAGCGUCCUCACAUUUUUUCCUUUUUAGCAAUCCAGUGUUACUGGAGCAGUGGUUGGUCCAAAAUGGCUCCAGUUUAGAGGCUCUAACCUCAUGAAAGAAACUUUAGAAGGCAUUUGACUCAGUUGUUUUAAUCUGAAAAUAACUAAGAGUUAGGAGAGUAAUUCUCAAACAGCCGUAGGGCACUUUAAAGCAUCAUGGUGUACAUAAAUCCGCUUCCUGUACAUUUAUAAUCUUGUUUUGAUAGAACCUUGUCUAAUUGACUGACAUAAGCAGUUUAGUUUAUUACAAUUACACUAGCUACUUUCGGGGGGCGUUCAUGCCUACAGGAGAUGGUGCAAAAAUAAUUUGUGUUUUUUUGUUUUGUUUUUUGUUUUUUUUUCCAGUUUGGUUUGCUGGAUGUAAGUCUUGUAUAAACAAACAGUUCUGAAUGUUCUUUACAUCUUAUGGGGAAAGUGAACGUGAAAAAUCUUACAUUUUUAAAGAUACUGUCUGAUAAAGUGAGUGUUAAAUCAAAUUGGAAGCUGCCUUUUUUUUUUUUUUUUUUGACCUGCUUCUUUGUACUGCAAUUAAGAUAAUUUGUUUAAGAGGACAUUGUAUGAACCACAGUCUGUUAGUCAAUCUGUUUGCUUAGAAACAAAUUUUAAAUAGAUUUUACUAUCAUUUUGAUCAAAAAUUGAUGUCUCUUAAUUUUAAAAUUAUCACUUUUUAAAUUAUAUCUGAACUUCGGUAAUGUUAGUUAGUUAGAGUAAAAGUGAUAAGAGCAUAAAGCCUUCUGUUUAAGGACAUAAAUUUAGCCGUGGAGGAAGUAACUCAUGGCUAUAGCCCAGGGAUUGGCAACCUUUGGCACGCUGCCCGCCAGGGAAAUCUGCUGGUGGCCCAGGACGAUUUGUUUACCUGCAGCGUCCGCAGGUUCGGCCAAUCGCAGCUCCCACUGGCCGCGGUUCGCCACUCCAGGCCAAUGGGGACUGCAAGAAGUGGCGGCCAGCACAUCCCUCAGCCUGUGCCGCUUCCCGCAGCCCCCGUUGGCCUGGCAUGGCGAACCGCGGCCAGUGGGAGCUGUGAUCGGCCGAACCUGCGGACGAUGCAGGUAAACAAGCCGGCCUGGCCCGCCAGCAGAUUUCCCUGGCAGGCCGCGUGCCAAAGGUUGCCAGUCCCUGCUCUAGCCUAUUAUAAUUUGGUAAACCACAUAGGUUUUACACAUUCUCUGAAGAACAGUUUGACUACUAUGGAGGACAGGAUUUCAGACUAGAUGGGCCAUGUAAUGUAUUUUGGUCCACAAAUCAAGACUCAUAUAUAUAUAUAUUUUUUUUCUUCUGUCUUAUUUUAACCAUGAAUUACAUAUUAUUUUAGUUCCAAGGAUAAAAAAUAAAAUAUGUGAAAUACUCAAAAAAUGUAUUAAAUGAAGGUAACCACAGGAAGUAGUAAUAAAAAUACCAAGUUGGAUAUCUGUACAGAAGUAGCUUGUUCAUUUCCCUGCCCCCCAAAUCAGGGCAAAUGAAUAGGAUGCCUUGGUUGCACUGCAGCAGCCCUCUGGCUGAGCCAGGGAGAAAUGGCGUUGGGCUGCAGAGGAACCAACAUCCAGCUGACUGCUGCCAGAUCAGUGCUGUGGUGCAGGACCUUUUAAUGGUGAUGCAAGGUACAAGAGGACUUAGAAAAGCUAGAGUGUUGGGGGCGGGAGAGGAAAGGUAAUGAGUAAUAUACUAUUUAAACGCAGAAUAACUUUUUAUGCAACAUGUCUGUCACUUAUUCUUAUGAACUGGAAUUUUAAAGAAUUUUUCAUUCAAGAUUAUACCAGUAGCGGCGUAUAAAUCCUAUGGGUGUAGGUGCCCAAUAAAUACCUUAGAUAGCAUUACCUCUGCACAGACUCUAUUGGCCAAUAUUAACUGUUUUGCUUUUUACGUGGGAAUGGCUAAUGACUGUCUUCCACUGGCACAGUGCAAAAAUGUCAGACAUCCUGCAUGCAUGGAAAAUUUUUUUACUGUUUUAAAGUUAUGUUGAAUGUAAAAAUAUCUUCCACUUGUGCUGGCUAGCUUAACUUUAAGAUGUUAAGUGGUUUUUGUAUGCUGGUUGCUAUCUGAACAGUGUACUGACAUUUCAGUAAACUUUUCUACAAUU